GGGCAUGGUGUUUGACAACUUCGCACGGCAUGCUGGGAUAUAUUGCGCUCUUGUUUAGAAGAUGGUAGAGUAGAAUGUGUUGAUGACUUUAAAAUAAAACGUAUUAGGAUUGGACAGCGUUGAGACACUACAGCCUGAUUUACGUGUUGUAAACAAACUGAAGCUGUUGUACCCGGCGACGCAGACUCGAGUGGACAGACCGUGAGUGAGACCGUGAGUGAGACCGUGAGUGAGACAGCAGCUGUCAGACUGUAGACGAGAGGAUCGUCCUUUGAGCCCUCAGGACGAUAUCUGAAUCCAGCCGAAUGAACAGAGCGACUGCAAAGCAUCUAAUUGAGCGCUACUUUCAACAGUUAACUCAAGGCUGCGGAAAUGGCAACUGCACGAAUGAGUUUUGUGCAUCGUGGUGUGAUUUUCAACCUUUGGAUAACAAUUCAGCAGCCGCCAAAGCGCUCGAGCUGUUUAAGAUUAAUGCCAAACUUUGUAAUCCUCACCCCUUCAAGAAGGAUUCCAGUGCUGUAACAAACACUCAGCUGGACAGUAAUAUGAGCAAUGCAGACCUCUGUCCCACCAAGGAGGACUUCUCAGAUGUUCACUACCUCACAGAGAACACUGUGUGUAUGAUCCUGAGUUUCUGUGAGGAGGAAGAAGACUACUCUGCCCUCAUCCGUGUCAUUGGCAGGAUUUUCUCUAACACAGAUGCCCUGAUUAAGAGUUUUAGGAAGGAUGAACCAGAGGCUACUGAAAACUCUUCUACACCAGCAGACAGGCAUGAAAAGCAAAGUGAGGGAACCUCAGUGAGGAUGGGUGCUUUCUCUAGAGCUGCUUUACCAGACGAUGCUCCUAACCAAAUGUUCGACCCCUGUGAGGUUACAGUGGACAUUGAUUCUGUGAGGAGAGUCUAUGACCUACUUCUACCCAUCAACGAGGUGGAGGCAGCUCUUGUAAACGCACUUGUUUACCUUGCUCCAAACAUGGAUCUUGACCUGGAAUACCUUGAUGUGUACGACACAAAUCCUGAUUACCUGAAUAUCUUCAUCAUAGUGAUGGAGAACAGUAACCUUCACAGUCCAGAGUACCUUGAACUGGCUUUGCCACAGUUCUGCAAGGCAAUGAGCAAGCUGCCAGUGACUGCAUUCGCCAGGCUUUCAAAGCUUUGGUCCACAUACAGUCUUCCACACAUCCAGCGUAUGAUGGAAACCUUCCAACAGCUCAUUACUUUCACAAUAGUCAGCAAUGAAUAUGAUGCUGAAAAUCUGGUAAAUGAUGAUGAGACUGUGGUGGCUGCGACCCAGUGUUUAAAGGUUGUCUUCUAUGCAAGUAUUCUAGGAGGUGAUGUUGAUGUGGAGCAUAACGAGGAGGACGAAGACGACUCUGUGUAUGAUGAGCUUUCGCUGCAUGAGCUGCUAGGUGAGGAGCAGCUCUAUAAGAAGGGCCCCCGGGUCGACCCUCUGGAGAAAGAACUGGGCGUCCGAGCCAUAGAUAGCAUAAGAUCCCUCAUCCCCUUUGACAGUUUUAUAAACGACUCACUAAAUGAAGUGGUGGAGAUGGACAAAGAUUUCACAUUUUUCAAGGUCAAUGCCGAAUCUAAGUUUUCUUUUCAGACCUGCCCCUUCAUCCUUAAUGUCUUCACCAAGAAUCAAGGAUUGUACUAUGACAAUAGGAUCAGGAUGUACAGCGAGCGACGCCUCACAGCCCUCUACAGCAUGGUGCAGGGCCAGCAGCCCAACCCCUAUCUCAGGCUGAAAGUUCGCAGAGAUCACAUUAUCGACGAUGCCCUCAUCAGAUUGGAGAUGAUCUCCAUGGAGAACCCGUCAGACCUGAAGAAACAGCUGUUUGUUGAGUUUGAAGGGGAGCAAGGCAUAGAUGAAGGAGGGGUUUCAAAGGAGUUCUUUCUGUUGGUCUUGGAGGAAAUUUUCAAUCCUGACAUAGGAAUGUUCGCCUAUGAUGACGACACCAAACUUUUCUGGUUUAAUCCAUCCUCCCUGGAGAACGAAGCACAGUAUACUCUUAUUGGAAUUGUCCUUGGGCUUGCCAUUUACAACAACUGCAUCCUGGAUGUUCAUUUCCCAAUGGUUGUCUACAGAAAACUAAUGGGCAAGAAAGGGACCUACUUGGACUUGGCAGAUUCACAUCCUAUUCUUCACCAGAGUCUGAAGGAACUGCUUGAAUAUACCGGCAAUGUGGAGGAAGACAUGAUGCUCACCUUCCAGAUAUCACACACUGACCUUUUUGAAAACUCAAUAUUAUAUGAUCUGAAGGAGGAGGGAGAACACAUCCCUGUCACUAAGGAGAACAGACAGGAAUUUGUGGACCUGUAUACUGAAUACAUACUGAACAAGAGCGUGGAGACACAAUUCAAAGCCUUCAAAAAAGGUUUCCUUAUGGUCACCAAUGAGUCUCCACUGAAAUAUUUGUUUAGACCAGAGGAAGUAGAGCUGCUUAUCUGCGGAAGCAGGAAACUUGACUUUGAAGCACUUGAAAAGACGACAGACUAUGAUGGAGGUUAUAGCAAAGAUACUCCAAUUAUCAAAGAUUUCUGGGAAACAAUUCACUCAUUUGGAGAGGAACAGAAGAGGUUGUUUCUUCAGUUCACCACUGGCACUGACAGAGCACCGGUUGGCGGGCUUGGCAAAUUAAAAAUGAUCAUCGCCAAGAAUGGCUCAGACUCAGACAGGCUACCAACCUCUCACACCUGCUUUAAUGCACUGUUGCUCCCAGAAUACUCCUCCAAAGAAAAACUGAGAGAGAGACUCCUAAAGGCCAUCACUUAUGCCAAGGGAUUUGGGAUGCUGUGACAGAUCAACAAAGAAAUGUUUUCAGACUGCAUUUUAACAACAGAAAGUACAGAGGGAAAUGCCGUGAAACAAAAUGCUGCGAUUACCCCAUGACUAACCGACCUCCACCAGUCAAACUCCACUGUCGACCUUUCUUCUAGAGGUCUCACUUCUUUUGGAGUCAUUAGGUUUCCCAAAGAAUUUAACAUCACACUUAAGUAAAUUAUUUUUUCAUGCAUUUUGUUUCUGAGCAAACAUGAGCAAUAUUUAUGAAACUGUGAAAGUGCACUUUAUAGGAUUUUGAGUGAAUGGAUGCACAUACAGUAUACAGUAUAUGUUGAUUUACUUUGACUUGAUUUACUUUUUGUGCUUCUUCGUAAUGUAGCAGUAAUCAGUCCUCAGGCCAUCUUCAUAGUGCCAUGCUGACUGGGCCUACUGGUGCUUCUUGGUUAUGAUUCUCUCUGUAUUAUAUUCUAAUUGAGCCUUUUCUAUUACUGCUGAUCCAAAUAGCCUCACUGACAAACUUAUGUGUGAACUGUUUUCUCUCAGUGCGAAAACACUCACCUCUAACCUAAAGGUUAUUUUAAAGUAUUUCUGUGCCAUGCCUCUUGUGUUACAGUUAAAACGAGUUGACCUCAUCAGAUAGUGAGUUUUGAUAGCUUGUGCAGUUUUAGAAUGUGUUCGCUGACAGAACUGUUCAGACUUUUGCAUCUUGAAAAAAAAGUUUCUCUUCUCUUGCUUUGUUUGCUGUGAAGUGUUACUGAUGGCACAGUGUGGUUGCCAAAUGUGCAAAUGCCUAAAAGAGGACUAAAGUAACAUGCAGUGUUUAACUUGGCUGAAUACCUCAGGUACAUACUGUAAUAAAUGUGCAGAUAAUGUGAAACUUUUAUCUAAAACAACAAUGAUGCAAAGUAAAUAAAGGUGACACCUCUUUAAGCUUUGUCACAAAUAUGUACUGAAGGAAUUACAUCUGAUAUAGGUAACAUAAAACUGCCAUAAUCACUAUUUUUAUAUUAACAGUGGAUCACAUUACUUUAUAAUGUACAGUAAAAGGGGCUGGGGACAAACCCACAGAGAAUUAUCACCUGAUGCUGCAGUUCCCCUCAGAUCUACAGAGCUUCAUGGCUUCUGCCAAGUCAGGUGCCGUAUUUUCAUCUACCAAUGAUCAGGAAUUAGCAAGAUCAGAUUCUGAUAAUAGUUUGUUUUUUUUUGCUGUUAAUAAACUCUGGUUAAAUACAAUAAAGCAUAUUAACUGAGAUGUUGAGUCACUA